AUGGUACGGCGCAUCGGUGGUCAAGGGCGCAAUGGAGUGCGAGCAUUGAGCAUCGGGGUCCUCUCAGCGGUCCUUGUCGCGCUCGUCGGAGACGCUGCAGCGGCAAAAGUCUUUGUCGCCCUCGUCGGAGAAGCCACGGCGGUUGAGGUCCUCCUCGUCGCCCUUGCCGGAGAAAGCCGCGAGGCCAGCACGGACAGCAGGACUCAGGAGAGCGCGACAGCGGCCGCUGAGGCGCGUAGCGGCAAGCGGACGAGGAUGGCGUGGAUGGUAGCUUCGUCGAGCGCGCUAAGCAGGUCCUCCGCAUCCGCGGCACAGGCUGAUGAAAGCAUGGGGCCAUGGGCCAUCGUGGAGGCGCAGCACGGCAUGGGUUCUGGGCGGGUUGCAGCGGCAUUUGGGGGCAUUCGAGAUGCAACUCUUGACUUACUGCACAUCCUUGUAGCAGUACAUGCAGAGGUAUACUCUGGUGCUCGGCCUUUGUUGGAGAAGACAAUGAAAAUUUUGGUUGAGGGUUUGGUCGACAUCUUUCUUAGUGUUUUUCAUGAGAAUAAGACCAAAGAUAUUAGAUUGUUAGAUGCGAAUGGUUUUUGUCAACUCAUGCUUGAGCUUGAGUAUUUUGAGAGUGUACUACAAACAUACUUCUCACCCGAGGCGCAACAGGCUAUGAAAUCCUUACAAGAGAAUUUGUUGGAAAAGGCCUGUGAAAGUGUUGCAGAAGCCAUGGAAAAUCCUGGACACCAACGUCGACCAACCCGUGGCAGUGAAGAUGCAGCAUCAGAUGAUAGACAACCAUCAGUAUCACCUGAUGAUUUGCUUGUGCUUGCUCAACAGUACAGUAGUGAUCUGCUGCAAGGGGAGUUGGAGAGGACUCGAUUGAACAUAGCCUGCUUCAUGGAGUCAACCCUUCAAUCAACAGCUGCGCCAGCAGGCUCAAAGCCUGCUGCAUAUUCUUCUUACCAAGCACAAGUACCACAGCACGCCCCUGUUCAAACAUCCUCGCCUAGUUUUAGACGGCAGCAGACUGGUACAAGUUCUCCUGUAGUCUCCAGGCGACGCCGGUGGUUCGUGGUUAUUGGUAUCCAAGUCUGCAUGCUUUGUGGAGGUAUUUAUCGUGCUACUGCAAAAUGCCACCGCGCUACCGCGACGACGAGCGGGCGGGGCGCCCCCUCGCAUUGCGCACUACUGCUCCCCCCUCGGCACCGGCGCCGGGCCCGGGGAUCGGUGAGGGCCGUGCCUCCCGAGCAGAGCAGCUUGCCUCAGGCGCCAGCGGCAGCGGCCGCGGCGGCUGUCUACGGGACUGCUGGCGACGUCAAGGCGGCACUGUACGGAGCGCUGGACGGCGCCAACCGAGGGAUAUUCGGGAUGACGUCCGCCAAACGGUCGGAGAUCCAUGGCCUGGUGGAGCUGCUCGAGUCCAGGAACCCCACGCCGGAGCCCACCGCCAAGCUGCAGGACAAGGUAGAUGGAUGCUGGAAGCUCAUCUACAGUACGAUCUCAAUACUGGGGAAGAAGAGAACCAAGCUAGGACUGCGAGAUUUCAUCAGCCUGGGGGACUUCCUCCAGAUAAUUGACGUCAAAAAAGAAAAGGCGGUAAAUGUGAUAGAGUUCAGCGCGAGAGCAUUCAAGAUAUUUUCGGGGAAGCUCACCAUCGAAGCUUCGUACACUGUUGCUAGCCAAACAAGAGUGGAUAUCAAGCUUCAGAGUUCAACUAUCACCCCUGAGCAGCUGAUGAACAUAUUUCAGAAGAACUACGACAUGCUCCUGGACAUAUUCAAUCCAGAGGGCUGGCUGGAGAUAACAUAUGUUGAUGAAUCUGUACGGAUUGGAAGAGAUGACAAAGAAAACAUAUUUGUGCUCGAGAGAACAGACCCAUCAGAAGUUUAA